CUCAUCCCUCCUCUCAAUUAAUUAAAUUCCACUAAUAACUGUCUUAAUUUUUGUCCUUCGCAUGGAUCCCCGAGAUUAUUGACCCUGCGAUUAUUAUUUUUCCCAGGGUGUCGGGGUAUUUUUGACAGUUGUUCGUAAUUUAAUAUCAAGUACCCCAGCAAGAGCGAGAGGGAUAACUCGACAGUGUUGCCAACAAUGAGCAAUUAUUGUUUUUUCACCUCUCACUUCACUCCGAAAUAAAGGACCUCUGAGAGAAAUGUCAGGUUGAGUUUUUGUUCUUCUCUUGUUCUGCUGUUCUGUUUGAGAUGUCACGCGAUCGAUCUCAACAGGCGUGCAAAGAGAUUGUUGUCAUCUCAGGAGAUAUAUCAACACGAUCCACGUGAUUUACCAGUGAAUUAUGAUUCAUGAAUAAAUGAACGAUGGCUGACGUUCGACUACUGAUCCAGGAAGAGGGUAGAGCAGCUAGAAAUUUGGUAGCAUUCAAUGUUCCAAUGGGAUCAUCAACUCCAGAGAGAGUCACUCGAAAGCCACCAAGCAUCCCUCGAGUUACAAACUCAUCGAUAAAAAGGAGUAUAAAGAAUACAACACGAGUGCGAUCAGCAUCCACAGGACGAGAUAAAAAAUCGGAGCUCCAGGCACGAUACUGGGCCUUCCUCUUCGGGAACCUCCAGAGAGCAGUAGACGGUAUCUAUCAGACGUGCGAAGAAGAUGAAAACAUAUCAGAAUGCAAAGAAGUGAUUCUGGUCCUUGAGAAUUAUACCAGGGACUUUCACAAUCUCAUCGAGUGGUUCAAAGUCAAGUGGGCGUACGAGAAUUCCCCUCCACCCCUGAGGAGGAACCCCCUAGCCUGGGAGGUUCGUAAGACCUCGCCAUGUAGAAUGUGGAAUCCCAAAUGUUCAAGUCCCUCCCAGAGGCUGAGUCCAACCUGCAGGAGUCCAGACGAUACAAUAAUUGAAAAUCGAAUAUCUGGAAUGGAGAAGAGAGAGUCAUUAAAUCCCUCGGACCACAAACGCAUGAAGGAUAAUAGAAAUGUCUCGAAGAAAGAUCCCAACAAACACUUGAAGGAUAAAACCUCUAAUUCAGUCACCAAAGAUUCUGAUAAAUUGACUAUCAGGGAGAAAUCCACGUUGUCGAAGAUAUCAGGGAGACCUCCAGUGAAGCCUUCCACCACCAGGGCAAACACCAGUGUCUCGAUAACUCGAAAGAGCUUCAGUGAGAUUCACCAACGUGAUGCCAAAAAUAAUAGUAUCAAUAAGGAGAACAGGGAGACAGAGAGGAACAGUGGAGAGAUGAAAAACAGUAAUAUUGAACUCAGACGAUCGUCCAACAACGUCUCGGAAAUUGAGAGGCUGAAGAACAAGGCAAACGGUACUUUAUCAGAGAUAAUCAGGGCAGAUAACAACGAGCAGUCAAACAAGUACACCCCGAAGACACCAUCAAGGGUGUCGAGAACAUCCUCUUCUACAGCUUGCCCCAGUUACUCAACUCUCACGAGAACUCCAAGGGCUGGUAAUCCUCUUCCAGGAUCAGAGACACCCAGAAUGGUACGGAGUAAGACAACUCUGAGUCCUAGAGAGGUAUCGAGUGUCAACAAGGUUCGUCCUGGGUCGUCAGUGAUGGUGCGGAGGCGUCCAGGAGAGUCCAAGGUGAAUUUAAAGUCUCAGGACGCCACUGAGAUAAAGGGAUCGGUUGAGGUACUCACUGAGGGUAAAUCAAGGAGACCCUCGGAGGAUCCUGACGGCUGGCAGACAGUGCGAUCCAGGUGUCGACGAGGCAGUUCCCACAGUUUAAACAUGUCUACCAGGUUUCACCGACCAACGACAGCCACUUCUCUACCUGCCUUGUCCAUCGAGAGUUCUACUGAUCGAAAAAAGAAUAACCGUGAACUGGCUCUUGACAAUAAAUCAGAUCUUGGGGAGACUGUAAUAGUCAAUAUUGAGAUGGAAAAAUCAGAGACCAGAAACAAGAAUAGAACAAAUCCACUGGAUGAUGAAUUGAAAAAGGAAAAUUUAACUCCCAAUGUCGCCUGUGAUACAAACUCAACGUCAAUGAUAGCAGCAGUAUUUAAAAAUGAAGCUGAUCUGCUAGAUAAGAAAAUCCAGCUGUUUAUGGCAGCUCAGGCAGAGAGGGAGAGGAUCAUCCUCGAGGAGGAACGCAAAACAGAGGAAGCUGACUCUCAGAGAUCCCAACAGCUCUCAGAUGAGGAAGCUUCUCUACAACGUCAAAUUCAGGAGCUCGAAUCCACUGAAAUUGAUAUUGACACUGAGACCGAUGAAACUGAUGGAGAGAUGGUUCUUGAGAUUGAAGAGCGAGAGGAAAUCCUGGAGAAUGAGGUAAUCGAUGAUAUAAGCCUUGAGGAUCGUUACGAGAACAUGUUGGAGGGUAUGUCUUGGGCAGAACGAGUGGAUACACUGGCGCAAUUGAAGGCUCUGGUUGCUCGGCAUCCUGGAAGGGCUCUCGAGCUUCACCAAAAGCUCUCCUCACCCUCUCGAAAACGGUCAUUGCCAGAAGCUCUAAGAAGAUAUCAAGCGAAACAAGCAUGUGCUGAGCACAAACGCCAGAAAUUAUUGCUCGAGAAAUCCCAACGACUCCGUGAUCUUUUGAAUAAAGUGGAGGAUGUUAAAAGAGCGAAGAACCAAUUGACUGAGGAUAAACGAGUUCGAAUGGAGAUGAAGCUAAAACGAGCUGAAGAGAACAGGAGUCAACACCUAUUGGAAGUUGUGAGAAAGGCGCAUGAUGAGGAUUCCAAGCUGAAGGAAAUAGCUUUUAUAAACGAGCUAGAAGCCCAGAAUAAGCGCCACGACUUUAUGGCUUUGUGUCAGGAGCAGGAGGAACGCCUUCAGGGAAUACAGGAGGAGCGACAAAGGCGCCAGGAGGAGAAAGCAGCUAAAGAGGCUGCAGCUGAGGAGAGAAGGAGAGCCCUGGAGGCUGAGAGACAGCUGAGAAUUCAGAAAAUGAGACAGACGAGGAGAGAGCGAGAGGAGAGGGUGGGCAAAAUGCAGCUUGAGAGGGAGAAAGAACGCCAGGAGUUGGCCAGAGAAAAAGCGAGAGACAGGGAGGAGAGGCUGAGUGCUCUACAUGCUGCCCAAUUGGCUAAUCAGGAGGAAUUACAGAAGAAGAUUGCUCAGAAGCAGCAGGAGUCUGCCAGGAGGCACGUCGAGAAUAUCGAGCAUAUCAGACAGAGAGCUGUUGAAUCCUCGAUCCUCAGAAAUGAGGAAAUCCCUCCAACCUUAAAAUCCUACCCUGCACCAAAACAAUGCGCACUGUGCGGCAUUCAAAUACCUAAUGAACUCAGUCUCCUCAGUCAUCUCAAAGGAAAAGGUCAUUUAGACCUCGUGAAGAAAAUGCACGAUGGCAGGGAGGCGUCCAGGGACGAUCUCCAGAGGUUCAAUAUCACUCAGAUCAGGGAUGUGGCUGUGGUCUCUGCUGGGGAUGACAGAGCAUCCAAGGAGAAGCAAAAAGCUCUGAAGAGACGCUCCAGAAAACUCAAGCAGAAGAUGAGCGCCAGGGGACAGGAGUGGGAGAACUCUCAGGGGGAUUGUGGUCAGGUCGAGUCCAGUAAUAAAGCCAAAUUCAGAAGAAAUUUGAAGGAGCUGGAGAGAUUGAGCUGCAAUCAUGUAAAAAACAGCUGGUCCAAUGUAGCGGCCGCUGGACUCGAACGCUGUCUUGGGGAAAUCGGCAGGAUCCUCAAUAAGGCAUGUCCUCAGGAUCCCGAAGCUUUUAAAUCACUUGCCGGCUUCGAGACCUUCACCAAUUUGCUCCAGCUCGGGAUCAAUGUGCAGAGCAAUUCCCAGGGAUUACCCAAUAAGAACAUUGUUUCCAUUUGUAGAGUCUACAAAUGCGCAAUUAAUGAUCACGCGGAGACAACCGAAGCGAUUGUACUUAGCAAUAAAAUUCUGGUGAUACUUGAUCUUCUGCUCCAGCGAUUUGAGGCAGUGGCGAUUUUGGAAGAUUCAGCUCAAGCCCAGGAGACAUCAGCAACAACAAAUGGUAAUGGUAGCGUUAUCACAGCAGUGCUGCAAUUGCUCUGCUGUCUAAUUCCAGAAGUGCCUUUCGAUAAAGCUGCUCUACACUCCCGCAUCAACGACAUCAUCGGAUUUUUAGUGACUGGUGGUUUGAUCGAGCGAAUUACACGCCACCAUCGUGCCCUCAUCGAGACAGACUUCUUCCUGGAUCAGGAGCACGAGUCCCAAAUUAUUCUAUCGUCGUACGAUUUAUUGCAUCGAUUGUGCAUUCAUUUGAAACGAAACCAAGAUUAUUCAAAUUCUAAUCAUGAAUCCGAGCAAAUAACUGUUGAUUCCCACUUACUCGGGUGUCUGUUGGCGAGUGAAGCUGCUGGUACCGUUGGUUGUCUGUAUGCAACAUUUGCCCUACCUCAUCAGAAGUGCUCUUCACCCACUCCAGGACAGAGUCAAUUUACAUCUUAUGGCAGACUACUGGCUCUACGGGGACUCAAAUUACUGAGAACUAUAGGCCAAGUUGAUCUACAAACACUACAGAAUUUAUUAGGCGCAGAAGGUACCAAUCUCCAAUGGAGAUUAAUAGCAAGUCAUUUGAUCACAAGAUUCCAACGAGAGCCCCUAGCCGAGUCGAAAGAGAAUCAAUCCACCCAGACAUCACCAACAGCCAUAACCAUUCUCUCCGAGCUAUUCACUGUCCUUGGCUACUUCGCCGUCAACAACAUCGACAAUCAGUUGGUUCUACAAACUGCGGGCGCUGGCCCCAGUGUACUUCAGCAUCUCUGCACAUUGCCAUUUCCUUUUUAUGGUGAUCCCAAAUUGGCACCCUUUACCCUUCCAACCCUUCUGGCUGCAACCCACGAGAAUAGCGCUGCCACUGCUGUCUUAUCAUGCGAAAUGUCUUAUCAGCUUCUGGAGGAAUACAAAAAGUCCGAAAAAGGUCAGCAACAUCCACUCAUUCGUCUUCUAAAAGAGUCAUCGUGCAAAUGAAUUUCAUUACAUCAAACUCCAGAAGAGUAACAAGCUUGCCAAAUAAUGUACGUUCAAUUUACCGAGACACCCUAUCAUUAUUUCUUAUAAUUUAUAUGAGUUACCGUCUGAAUGUGAUUUUUAUUGAACAUAUUCUCUGAUUUGUUCCAUUAUGUCUAACGUUUUGUUUCUCCGUCUGGGGUUGUAAAAUUCACCCGGAGUUGUAAAUAUUUAUUGUAUUGUAAUUUAUUAACGGUUUAAUCGAGUUUGAUAGGAUUAAUUAUUAUUUUUCUUUUUUUUUUUCGCGCAACAACCGUUGCAGCGAUAGUGCAAUGUCCUGCCAAUGCAAUUUGUACCCAUGGUAUUACUUAAUCAUACACAUACUUGAUAACAAUUACGAUGAUAACAACGACGUGAGGCCACGGUAGGAGUCAUAAAUGUCUUACUUGGCCCGACUAUCCGUCGUUUUCAUUUUUAUAACUCUAGGUUUAUUAGUUGCGGCGCUCUUUUCUGAUGGAAUAAUGUCAUUUACGUAUUAGAAAUCAUCGAUCUGUCGAUCAUCAGUUAUUCGCCCAUUCGUGGAUGCACUUUAGAAAAUUGAAAGAAUAGACGAGAAUAGAAAAUAUCUCAACCUAGAAGUGACAGAUUCUGUCGAGUCCAUUCAGUGUCCGUUGCAAUCACGGAAACGUAUUUUUGUAUGAAUAGUUAUCGAAUUAAUUAAGUAAUCCGUAAUUUUUUUCAAUUCACAGAAAUAAUUUAACUGUUUUUCCGAAUUAUUGGUGUUCUCUGAGCUGCAGUGAUCUGCAUACGAAAAAUAUUUAAAAAAUAUUCUGUUUUCUUGUGCGCAUCUCACUGUUACACGAAAAAUUCAGUUAACUCAGUGAAAAAUAAAUUUCCCUGCACCAGCGAAAACCGUAAAGAAUGAAAUUCCGUCGCAACGGUGACUUAACAAUAAUGUAUACAACAUAGGAAUUAAUAAAUACUGUUUUUCCUCCGUUUUCUGUAAACACUGGGGUUUUCAAGGAAAUUGGAGAGACUAGUCAGCGAGGAAAACAAAUAA